GUUCCAGAGAUUCCGUGUAUCCUAGUGCUGACAAACAUGGAACCUCUCAGUUACAGACUGGUGCCUGCUCUGAUCCUGACCCAGAGGAGAAGGCACCUGUCCCAUCUGAACGUGCUCCCGAGUUCCCCAGUGGCAAGGGCAGCCUGUGGGGCAGCUCCCAGGCCAGCCAGGACCCCCCGUGCUGUGGGCUCAGGGGGCCUGGCCCUGCGGAGGAGGAGCCCCAGGCCCCACGAAGGCUGAUGAAGCUGAGCAGGCGGGCAAAGGCCCUGGCACCGGAGGAGAGGGGAGGAGGGUGUGACCUGUGUCUGGUCGGCGCUGGCAGAAGGGUGAGCAGUGGAGCUGGCAGAAGGGGGAGCAGUGGAGCUGGCAGCACGGGGGCACUGGGGUCACCAGCCCACGGGCACAGCACCCACCCGGCCGCGGGGGAGAGCGCUCCCAGCCCGCCCAGAGGAGCCCUGCUGCAGGAAGCAAAGGGUCUGACCCCUCCCAGAGCAGUGUCAGGAGCUGUACAAGAGGGGCCUGAAGGCAGCGUCCCUCCAGGGGUGCCCGAGCUGUCCCCCUGUACGCCCAGGGGCAGCGGGGACACCUGGCAGCCCGAGUCCCCCCAUGCCACGGGGACACCCGGUGACCCUGAGCCUGCACAGCCCUGUCUGGGGCACAGCCACCCAGCACCACCUGGCACCAGUGGCGAUGGAGAGCAGGAACCCCUGAGUGUAACGAAACAAACGGCCAGCGAGGGGACGUGUGAGGAUCAGGGGGAACUCCAGAGGCUCUUGGAAUUCAUGUCAGAGAACGAAGUGUUGCCUGCUGACGGGAGCAGCACCGCAGCUGAGGAGAGCAGAGGCCGUGGAGGAAAUCUCAGUGGCACCGGCAGCUUAAAUCCCUUUCCUGCAGCCCUUGCUCUGGGUGGAGCUGAAGAGCUGCUGGAGAACCAACAGCCUGCACUUCAGUCAGGACUUUCCCACCCUGCAGAGGCGGCGGCCGCCGGCUGCGCGCCCGGCUCCUGCACGGUGGUUGAAGGGCUUCUCUUCCCCCUGGAGUACUACGUCAGGACCACCCGCCGCAUGUCCAGCUGCCAGAGGAAGCUGAACCUUGACGCUGUGAUCCUCAGCCAGCUGGGCAGGAGCAAGAAAGGUCAGCGGGGGAAGUGCAAGCAGAAAGAUGCAGAUUCAGAUCGGCCCACCCAAGGAAGAGCUGGAGAUGAUCUGGAGCCAGGUGUCGUGCCGCUGCCUCCUCUUGGUGCAGACAACGAUUCAGCAAGUCCAAGCAGUCCCCCAAAAUCUCUCCCUGCAUCCAGUGGCAGCAGCACUUCACUGGGAUCGACUGCUCAGAACGGCAGCACCGGCACAAAGCGGGGUCAGAGACGGCCCCGGGGGAAACCAAAGGGAAGGAGGAAGUCUGGCUGCAAGCUCCCUGGGCAUCAAGUGUCCCAGGAGCUGGGAGAGAGUUUGGAGCUCCUGACACCGAGGGAAGGCAGCAGCCUGCUGCCGAGUGAGUGCCACAGUGAGAAGGAAAACUGUGAGGCUAAUCUUGAAGGAUCACCCUCAGAGGAGAGGAGGUUUUCUGCGGCUGCAGCUCUGGGCUCUGGAGAG